CAUCCUGACUGGCUCUUCUCCAAGUCAGUCUUUUCUCGUAUACCUUCGUCUCCAGACGGGAUUUCCUGUCUGUGUCUGAGGGAGGGGCUGGAUCUCAGGAACCUGGAUUUUCCCAUAGGAUUUUCUUGGAUUAGAUACACACAUGCAGGACAACAUGAAGAAGAAAAAGCAGCGGGCCCGAAAACUCACCAAAAAACAGCGUAAAAAUGUUUCCAUGGACAAAACGUCCCGGUCCUUCAGGUCCAAUCGGCCGGAGUUUGAGAGCUUCCUGUCUGAGAUGACUCUGUGGUUUUCAGACCAUCAGCUGCAGGUGGACGAGCUGUUCAGACACAGUGACGCAGAUGGAAGUGGAUCAGUCAACCUGAAGGAUUUCUGCCUGGGUCUGAUGAACUUGGACGUCGCUUGUCAGCAGUUUCAGCUCCACAUGCUGACUCAGCAGCUGAAGACCACCAACGACAUGAUCAGUUAUCGAGACUUGAGCAGACAAGUGCAAAGACUGAGACUGUGUGAUGACACAGAGAACGACUCUCAGAAAUCAAGAUGUGAUCAACAUCAACUGUUAAGCCCUGAAAACGGCAGGAGGUUUAUCCGUCUGAGUGUCAGACUGAUCCCCUUCGACGGCGCUGCAGCUCAUCCAGGAAACUUUGAAGUGGUUUUGUUGAGCAGCAGCAGAGUCUUCAGUCUGAUCAGGAUGAUCCAGGACCAGGUAGGGAUCCAGACCACCAGGCUGGAGGUUUUCCGGAGCAGAGUGCCCACAGAAGAGGCCCGCCUGCUCCCGGAGAGCCUCCUGGAGGAGUGUGGCUUCAGAGGAGGGCCAGAGGGAACUCCUCCAGAGGACACUGUGUACUACGACUACAGCCUGCUGUUCACAGACUGCCCCAUCCUCAACUGUGACCACUACUUCAGAUCAAUGCCAGACGCUGCUGCUGUUAAGAGUGGCCUCUGUCCAUAAGUUAGUGUUUUUAGCAAUGCUAUAUUUAGAGACGCUGGUAGUCGCUGAUGCCACGUUGGUCCCAAAUGAAAUAUCUCAACUAUUUGAUGAAGUUGCUUGAAAUUUAGUAAACAAAUUUAUGUUCCCCAGAGGAUGAAUCCUACUGACUUUGGAUGAAUUCUACUGACUUUUCCUCUAGUACCACCAUGAGGUCAAUGUUUCUGGUUUUUGAGUAAAAAUGUCUCCACAACUACUGUUUGGAUUGCCAUGAAAUUUGGUGCAGACAUUAAUGUUCCCCUCAGGAUGGAUUGUAACAAUUUUGUCGAUACCUUAACUUUUGCUUUAGGGACAUCAUCAGGUCAAAGUUUGAAUGUGUAAUACUUUGGUUUACGACCAAAUACCUGCAAAACUAACAACAUUCUCAUCAGCCUCAGCUGUCAUGGAGUUUAGUGCUAAUUACCUCUGCCUAGGAGGUCAUGUUUUUGGCUUUGUUUGUCUGUUUGUUUGUUAGCAGGGUUACAGAAAAACUACUGGGCCUGGGCCAAGGAAAACCUGUUGCUUUCUUUUUUCAUGUUUAGCAUUGCAAUGUUGAGCAUGUUGGUGUGCUAACAUUAGCUCAAAGUACAGCCUCACAGACCUGCAUGGCUGUAGAAAAUAGAUUGAUAGUUGUUUCCAGUCAAUUAUGUCAUAUUCCAUUUUCCACAAGAUCUGGGGUUGCUUUUGUAUCUGAAUGCAAUUAUUUUGUAAGUGAUUAAAAAACAAGUUAAUCUUGAAUAAAAUGGGUAAAUUACCACUUUUAAAACAUAUUUAUACCUUUAAAGAACUUAGAUUAAAAAAAAUACAUAAUAGUUUUAUUGGGAAGAUGAACUGAUGAAGGUGAAUACAAUUAAAUGUACUUUAUAGGGCCUCUAAAACCUCUUUCCUGUGUCUUUUCUCUCUUCACAGAUGACAAAGUGUAAGCAGGUGUGACUGAUUGUUUAGUUCUGGGAAAGUGAGGAUGCUUGGUUAGGUUUGCCAUUCCUACAUGUAUUUAGUUUUAGCUUUUGUGCAAUUAGGAUCAAAACCCUGUCUCCAGAAAUCACACUGAUAUGAUACUAAUUUGGUUUAGGCAACAGGAGGACUUAGGUUGAGGUUAGUGAAAGAUUCUGGUGGUCACUGUGGACUUUUCUUGUAUUAAGCCAAGACCCUGAUCUUUACCUAACCGUAACCUAAACAUAUCCAUAAAAUGAAGUAUAAUGCUGUAGGUACAUGUCAAUUAACAACAUAUCUUUAUUAUGUUACAAAUGUAUAGCUGCACUAUUACAUUAAGUAGAUAAUGUUUGUCCAGCAUCUCUGUAAUUCAAAAUGAAAUAUUUCACAUUUUUGGAAACUUGAAACAUGAUCUGCACUCAGGGUUAGAGGCUCUGCUCACCCACACAGGUGUUUCCACUUAACUUGACUAACUGCAUGUCUAGGUGUGAUGAUGGGAGGAGAUAUUUUGGAAAGUGGUGGAAGAAGUAAUCAGAUCCUUCACUCAGUAAAAGUACUAACUGUAAAAAUGACUCCACUACAAGUAAAAGACAUGCAUUCAAACUGCAUUCAGCAAAAUGUACUAAAAGUAUGAAAAGUAGAAGUACUCAUUGUGCAGUUAGAUGUUCCCUGUUAGUGUUUUACUAUUAUAUAUGAUGUUUCUGGAUUAAAACGACUGCUACGUUAAAGGCAGGGUUAAAUAUGGUAACUAUUUCCAAUAUACAUUUCUUUUUAUAUUUUGUUUGAAAAGCAAUUAAUAAUUAUUGGCUUUUAUGCAAAUUCUCAUUGGCUCUAAAAAAAGAGCGAAAAAGAUCUGUCAUCUGUAGCGUUCAAUCUAAAUAUCUAAUAAUAAUCUAAGCUAACCUGCCUCUCUUAGCUAUGCUAUUAUAAUUCUAGAC